AUGACCUUUGUUUCUUCUAUUCUUCCAAAAUUUCUGGACUCACAAAUAACUGGGAAGACUAGCAUUGCCUUCACAAGCUGUUUCACUCAGCUAUUCAUGUCUGUAGGAUGCUUAACUACAGAAUUUUUAUUGCUGUCUUCUAUGGCUUUUGACCGGUAUGUGGCCAUUUGUAUCCCCUUGAAAUAUCCCAUCAUUUUGAAUGAGAGAGCAUGUAUUAUACUUUCUUUUAUUCCAUGGGCAUUUGGUGCCUUGAAUUCAUCGCUGUAUGUCUUUCUGGUAUCUCAUUUAUCAUUUUGUGAUCCCAAAGAUAUCAUCCACUUCUACUGUGAUAUGAAAGCUCUUCUGAGAGCCUCCUGCAGUGACAUCAAACAUGUGAACACUGUGAUAUUAUCAGAAGGAUAUACUUUAGGUGUUUUGGCAUUUGGUAUGAUUUUGACUUCUUAUGUUUUUAUUAUUUCUUCUAUCCUAAAGAUCAAGACAUCGUCUAGAAGACGGAAGAUCUUCUCCAGCUGUUCUUCUCAUCUAACAGUUGUCUUACUCUUUUGUGGUUCUUCUCUAAGUGUUUACAUGAACCCUGACACUGAAAGCUCCACAGAACUGGACAUGAUGCUCUCCUUGUUAAAUGUGGCAGUGGUUCCGUCCUUAAAUCCUCUUGUCUAUAGUCUGAGGAACAAAGAAGUCUUAAGUGCCUUAAGAAUACAUAAGGUUAUUUCUUAA